AUGGCGCCUCCUCCGAAAGACGACGCCGUGAGCGUUGUCGAGUCGCUGGAUGUCAAAUCAUCUGUAUCUGGGAGCGAUGUUUCCACAAAGUCUCCGCCGAAGCCUCUUCCCAUUCUCUUGAGCAUCGCCAUGUUUCUCCUAUUCAUUGCGUCCGGCGGUGGUUUGACCACCUCCGCUCUUCAGUUCAGGCCUUCAAGAUCGGGAAAGCGGGACUGUCUCACUCAAAGCUUCAUCCUGUUCGCUUCCAUGAUCUCGCCCAUGUAUCUCGUGCUACACCUGCUCGUCUCUUUCCGUAACUGCCAGUUCAUCAGAAGACAGUCUCUCCAGUCACCUCUGGUCUCUUGGGCCAUCAUUGUCUCCCGCCUGGCCCUGCUCCUCUGGAUUCCGGCAAUUAUCUUGUCGUGUGGCGCCGUUGCCCACUUCCCAGGGUUUCUCGCGGAGAGCCCCAUCACGGAGCUCAACCUGGCGGUGUCCAUCGUGGGGAUCGCCAGUGCCAUAGUGGUUGUCCUAGUUCUGGAAAUCGCGGCGCAUCCCUUCGAGCUCCCCUGCUUCAAGCGGGCCACAACCGUCAUCCUCGUCGAAGACGCAGACAAGGAAGCCAAGCCGGAAGAGGAGCCAAAGCCACCCAGCCGACCCCCGAGCCGACAACAAACCCCGCCGGCAUACUACUACUUCCCUGCCAGCUACAGACAUACCGUCCCGGCACCCGCACGCGCGAAACUCGUCCGCAAAGCCAGCUACCCCAAGCACCUUAUGGCCCAGAACGUCCCGCCUGUCCCCGCCAUGCCGUACCCGCACCCGGACUCGCUCGGCAUCAUGCUACCCAUCCCGGAGCCGCUUCCCCCGCUGCCCGAGCUCGAACAGACGAACCCAAAACCCAAGAUCAAAAUCACACCGGCCCCUCCCGACAUUCUGAUUCCGGGAAAAGGCCUCCCGGCGGACAAGAAUAAACCUUGCCCACCUCCGCCGGGAACUGCUUGGGCUAGGGAUUGGGAACAGCUGGCGGUGGACGCUGGUGUCAGGCGGAACGGGUCUGUUAGCGACUAUGGGUCCUCCGCCGGGACGGAGACUACGGAGGGGCGGUCGGAGGUGGGCGGGAGCGCGUUGAAGCCGCCUCUGCCGUCCAUCAUUGUCACGCACAGUCCUGAACCGGUUUGA